UUAAAGAAUGACAUUGUUCCAGAGAUACCAACCGUGAACCGAAAAGAAAGCGGCGCGCUCCGCUUUGAGAAAGGUUGCCAGCCGGAGACUGCAGUCUACUACCACCAAAUAUGGUGAUCUCCGACUCCGACUAUGAAGGCGCCGCUAUCCAAUCCCUCGGUUCUCUCUUCAAUGUUACUCAAGUCUUUCUCUGGGAUGACGGCGUCUCGGUUCAACCAUCAUCUCAAGCUGUUCAACACAAUCACAAAUCAAACUCCAUUCCUGAUUGGAGUGAAAUUAUUAUUCUUCCCGAGGAUUUGGAAUUGAACAAACAAAUGAAUGAAUUAGGUCUUCCUCUCUCAUUUCAGACAAAUAAAAAGGAGAAAUGUGGACCAGUAAAAGGCAAAAAGAAGGGUGCACGUUCCAAGGUGCCACGUACUUGUAACAAUCCUGGUGAUGAAACUCUAAAUGAAGUGAGUGCAGAGGAGGUCAUAUCUCCUGCUAAAUUUCAUGAUAAAACUAACAGUUCAUUAUCUUGUAUAUCAAUGCUGGGCCAAAGUGAACCGUCCUUCUGUGAUGGUGCAGUGGAAGUUGACACGGUCCGAUCUGUCUCCGGUGAAGGAGAUAAUUCAACAGACUGCACUGGGUUUGCUAAUGGUGUUCCCGUGGAGAAAAUUAAUAGUAUAAAUAACGCAGAAACUAAUGAUGCCCAGAAUAGUGACUUUGAUUUGAAAAGUGCACAUGCCUCGGAUACUGGAGUCUCUGCUGGAAGCCACUUGACAGGUACUGGUGUCAAUUUUUGUGGGAUAGAACUGGGUAAAGUUGACGAUGAAUAUUUAGAACUUUCACCAAUUUUUUGCAAAAAUACAGAUUGUGAGACUAUUUGCAAUGACGAUUGUGCUGCCACUUGGCAGUCACCAGCUAAUGAAUCAGAAUCGCUUCCCAUGAGUUUGGAAGGGAUUGGAUGUGACAGAGUUGAUGGGUCAAAUGAUUGCGGUGAAUUUGGAGAUUGGAUGGUGUUAUGGGAUACUUUCUAUGGGAGAAGAUACUUCUACAAUGUUAAAAUAGACACUUCUACAUGGGACCCACCCCCAGGGAUGGAGCAUCUAGCAUUUGGCGGGUGUACUGAAUUAGAUGAUGGUGAAGCUUUAAAGUCGUCCGAGGAGUGUGAAACACAAAGGAGCAUUAAACCACUUGAAGAAACCUUGGUAGAUGAGAACUUAUCAGGAAAUCAACAUGAAGAGUAUUCAGCCGAGAUUGGAGUCGCUGCUGGAAAUUUGGUCUCUGAUUUUGCUACAAAUAGUGAAGACCAAUCUCUUCAUCAUUCAGAUGAGAAUCUUGAAAGUGGUGGAGUUUCAAGCUGCUCUGUAUCAAAUACCCUGGAUUAUGUCGUUAGCACUAACGAUAGAUGCAGUCAAGCAACAUCAGAGGACAAUCAUACACCAAUGGAAAACAUGGUCAUUGAUACGCCUGGAUUGGAAAGUAAAUCUGAUCAUUUCAUGUCAAAACAGGAAAAAAAGGUGAAAAGAAAACACAGGCGGAAGAAAUUAUAUUAUGAAACUGAAGAUCUCCAAUUUCAAAAAAUGCCUGAUGCUUAUUCCGCAACAAUUGAAAAGUAUUGGUGUCAGAGGUAUAUUUUAUUCUCUAGAUUUGAUGAUGGUGUAAAUAUGGACGAGGAAGGAUGGUUUUCUGUCACUCCAGAGGUUAUUGCUCAUUAUCAAGCUUCACGUUGUGCAAGCGGCACGGUAAUUGACUGUUUCACCGGUGUUGGUGGGAAUGCCAUCCAAUUCGCACAACGGUGCAAUCAUGUGAUUGCAAUUGAUAUUGAUCCUUCGAAGAUUGGUUUUGCAAGGCAUAAUGCUGCAAUUUAUAGAGUGGAUGAUCUAAUUGACUUCAUCGUUGGUGACUUCUUCGUCUUGGCACCAAAGUUAAAGGCUGAUACUGUUUUCUUAUCUCCACCUUGGGGUGGACCUGAUUAUGCUAAGGUUGAGACUUAUGAUAUGAAGACAAUGCUUAGACCGCAUGACGGAUAUACUCUGUUCAAUGUUGCUAAGGAGAUUGCUUCAAGAGUUGUCAUGUUCCUUCCAAGAAAUGUCAAUUUCAACCAAUUGGCAGAGUUAUCUCUAUCUGCCUGUCCACCAUGGUCGCUAGAGGUGGAGAAAGUUCAUUUAAAUGGAAAAUUGAAAGCAGUCACAGCUUAUUUCAGUCGUCCACCGGUUGGAGGGUGCUGAGUUAAACAGAUUAACUUCGGCUACUGGCGAAUCAAAAAUGACCAUUCCCUUCGAGGACAUAGACUAGUGAAGAGAUUUUGAAGUUAUGCUCUUGGUAUUUUUAUACAUGUUUUCCUAAGCUGUUGUAACUUAGUAUGUUAGGCCUGACGGUUUUUGAGGGAAUGGAAAAAGAAGACUUGUUUCUUUUUAUAAAUUAAAGAAACUAUAAAAUGUUUAUAAAAUUAAAUUAAGUGCGAUUAAAGUGUUA